UAACGGAAUCACAUUUUUAGGCAGCUAGCAAGAGGUGUUAGAGCGAGUAGUAAUUAAUUUGUAACAUACCACGUUAUUAUUAUUGUGCCAUAACAUAUUAAUCAAUUUUAAUUAUCAUAUAAUAAGAAUAGGAUCAUGGCUGGAACACAACAAUUCUCUUCGGCCACACUAACAGCUAGUGCCAGUGCUAGCUAUAGGCUUCCCUUAAUUAGGAACUUUCCUCAAAGAAGCACCUUUCUUGGCAAUCCAAAUAAUAAGCCUUUGCCACUCACUGCUACUUGUGCUGUUAGCACCACCCAGGAUGCUCAAUUCACUGAAAACAAUACUAGACGUUCUGCCAAUUACCAACCCAACCUUUGGAACUUUGAAUUUCUACAGUCGGUCGAAAAUGACCUUCAGGUAGAGAGAUUGGAAGAGAGGGCAAGAAAGCUAGAAGAGGAGGUGCGUGGGUUAAUGAAGAAGGUAGAGAUUGAACCCCUAAGCUUACUGGAAUUGAUGGACAACGUGGAGCGCUUGGGUUUGACCUACAAAUUUGAGGACGACAUUAAGAGUGCCCUUAACAACAGGAUCGUUCCAUUGUUACAUCAUCACACUAUAAACAAAUAUGGCUUGCAUGCCACUGCUCUCUCCUUCCGUUUCCUCAGACAGCAUGCCUUCCACGUCUCCCCUGAUGUGUUUGAGAGCUUUAAGGAGGAGGGAAAGUUCAAGAAGGAGAUUAGUGGGGAUGUGUUAGGGUUGCUGAAUCUAUACGAAGCUUCAUACCUUGGAUUCGAGGGUGAAACCAUUUUGGAUGAGGCAAGAGCAUUCUCAGCAACACAUCUCAAGAACUUGCUACAAACAAAUCAAGUUCAGAACAAAGUGGUGGCAGAAAAAGUGAGGCAUGCAUUGGAGCUUCCCUAUCACAGAAGAGUGCACAGGCUAGAGGCGCGGUGGUUCAUCGAAAGGUACGAGCAGAAGGAAGCCCACGACGGCGCGUUGCUGGAGCUGGCAAAGCUUGAUUUCAACAUGGUGCAAUCGGUGAUGAAGAAAGAGUUGCAAGAACUUUCAAGGUGGUGGAGAGAGAUUGGGCUGACAAGCAAGCUGGAUUUCGUUCGUGACAGGCUCAUGGAGGUUUACUUCUGGGCACUUGGAAUGGCCCCUCACCCUCAACUCACCGAGUGCCGCAAAGCCGUCACGAAAAUGUUCGGCCUCGUCACCAUCAUCGACGAUGUCUACGAUGUCUAUGGUACUCUCGACGAGCUGCAACUCUUCACCGACGCCGUUGACAGGUGGGAUGUGAAUGCGGUAGAAACACUUCCGGACUACAUGAAGUUGUGCUACUUAGCCCUAUACAACAGCGUGAAUGACACAGCUUACAGCACCCUUAGAGAAAAAGGCGAUAAUAGCCUUCCACAUCUAGCAAAAUCAUGGAGUGACUUGUGCAAAGCAUUCUUGCAAGAAGCAAAGUGGUCCAACAACAAGAUCAUUCCACCUUUCGAUGCCUACAUAAGGAAUGCAUCCGUUUCUUCAUCCGGCGGGGCAUUGCUUGCUCCUUGCUACUUUUCUGUCACCCAAGACAUCACAAGCCAGGCUAUUGACUCCAUAACCAACUACCAUGGCAUCGUUCGCUCCUCUUGCGCCAUUUUCAGGCUUUGCAACGAUCUCGCUACCUCCGCGGCGGAGCUCGAAAGAGGUGAAACGACAAACUCAAUCACGUCGUACAUGACUGAGAAUGGGACAACGGAGGAGGAAGCACGGGAGAGCCUUGGAAAAUUGAUCGACCAAGAGUGGAAGAAGAUGAACAGAGACGUAGUGUUGGAGUCUGCGUACCCGAAUGCCUUCAAAGAAAUAGCCAUCAACAUGGCUCGGGUUUCGCAUUGCACCUAUCAAUAUGGUGAUGGACUUGGAAGGCCUGAUGACACAGCAGAAAACAGAAUCAAGUUGUCGCUCAUCGACCCCAUUCCAAUUAAUUGAUUAUUAAUGCAAUGAUGGUCAUUUCACGAAAUGCAAAUAUUAUUUUUAGUAUAUUUGUAUUUUCCAUGUUGUAUAUCAUUAAUUAGCCAUUUCAAUGAAAUCAAAUUAUUGAGAAAUUUGCCAACAACCA